AGGUGAAGACCAGCUCCUAGGAUGAGUGAAGGUGCGGCCGCUGCCUCGCCACCUGGUGCUGCUUCGGCAGCCGCCGCCUCAGCCGAGGAGGGCACCGCGGCGGCUGCGGCUGCGGCGGGCGGGGGCCUGGACGGCGGCGGCGAAGGGGCGGUCGAGCCCCCCCGGGAGUUACGCUGUAGCAACUGCAUCGUGUGGAACCGGCAGCAGACGUGGCUGUGCGUGGUGCCUCUGUUCAUCGGCUUCAUCGGCCUGGGGCUCAGCCUCAUGCUCCUCAAAUGGAUCGUGGUGGGCUCCGUCAAGGAGUACGUGCCCACGGACCUGGUGGACUCCAAGGGAAUGGGCCAGGACCCCUUCUUCCUCUCCAAGCCCAGCUCCUUCCCCAAGGCCAUGGAGACCACCACCAUGACCACUUCGACCACGUCCCCUGCUACCCCAUCUGCCGGCGGCGCCACCUCCUCCAGGACGCCCAACCGGAUUAGCACCCGCUUGACCACCGUCACACGGGCUCCCACUCGUUUCCCAGGUCACCGGGUGCCCAUCCGGGCCAGCCCGCGCUCCACCACGACACGGAACACUGCAGCCCCCUCGACGGUCUUGUCCACAACAUCCUCCUUGAGCAGCAGCACACCAGGCUCCCGCCCCCCGGUGCCAGGAAGCCCUGGUACCCAGGCCAUGCCCUCCUGGCCCACUGCGGCAUACGCUACCUCCUCCUACCUUCACGAUUCUACUCCCUCCUGGACCCUGUCUCCCUUCCAGGACGCUGCCUCUUCCUCCUCUUCCUCUUCCUCCUCUUCUUCCUCCUUCUCUAUCAACGUUACGCCAGAAACUAGCACCAGCCCCAAAUUUCGUAAGUAA